AUGUCUGAUCUUCCUUCUGUUUAUUACAAUGAUAAUCCAAAAUCAUUUGCUUACCCUACAUGUCAUAAAAGAUGGCCAAUCAUUAUUAAAGAUGGGAUUAGAGAUGUUAAACUGAAAUUUGAUUCAAAAAAUUCAAUCACUGGGGAAGAAAUUGUUAGUAAAUUACAAACUCUCUUGGAAUCUUUGAAAAAUGAUGAGAUUGUAGUACCAUUUACUGAGCAAGAAAUUCAAAGAAAUCCUGACCUUACUCAUUAUAAUGAUACUCUUGCUAAAUUCAAUAAAUCUAAACCUGUUACUUGGUUAACAGGUCCAUGGUUAUUCCUUGAAUGUUAUAUUUAUCAAUUAAUUAAUAAUUUUAUGUUGGAAACAAAUGAUUCAUUCUGGUUAAAUUUUGAUCUUUUCGAAGAAUUGAAAAAUAAUACUUUUAAACAAUCAGAAUUUGGAGUUUUAGAAUUAUGUAAACGUUAUGAAGUUCUUAGUCAACAAUUGAAUACUCAAUCAGUUGAUUUAGAUACUUUGAAGUUACUCUUUAAUGAAUUCAUUGAUAUCUCUCUUUGGGGAAAUGCCACAGAUUUAUCUUUGCUUGCUGGUAAUGUGACUCUUGAAGAUAUUAAAUCUGUACAAGGGGCAGAAGUUCGUAAGAAGAAUGAAGAAAAAAUUUUGAUUAACGAUUUACCAAACGCUUGGGAAAGAUUAACUGGGAAUAAAUCAAAUAAGUCUAAGCGUGUUGAUGUUAUUUUGGAUAAUUCUGGUUUUGAACUUUUCACUGAUCUUGUAUUGGGACUCUUUUUAUUGGAUUCAAAACUUAUUGAUGAAUUCCAUAUCCAUGUUAAAAGUAUUCCUUGGUUUGUUAGUGACACUAUGACUAAGGAUUUCCAUAAUCUUCUUGAACAAUUAAUUGAACCUGAAUUUUUCACUGAUAUUCAUAAAAUUGAUGAAGAUUCUCAUGCAAUUAAAUUCUUACAAUCUAAAUUAGUUCAUUAUUUAAAGGAAGACAAAAUCAUUAUUAAUGAAGAUAGAUUCUGGACUUUAGAUUAUAAUUAUUGGGAAAUUUCAACUAAUCCAGCAGCAAAGAAAUUGUAUCAAGAUUUACAAAAAUCAGAUUUAGUCAUUUUUAAAGGUGAUUUGAAUUAUCGUAAAUUAACUGGGGAUUUGAUGUGGGAUAGAACUACUCCUUUCCCAAAGGCUAUUCAAAGUUUGGCUACCUCUGGAUUGCCAGUCUUGAGUUUAAGAACUUGUAAGGCUGAUGUUGUGGUUGGUUUGCCAAAGGGAGUCGAUGAACAAUUGAUUGAAACCUACAAGGCUAUGGGUAAUGAAAUUGGUGAGUUUUGGGCCUCUUCAGGUAAAUGGGCUGUGAUCAGUUUCAACCAAUAA